AUGGCGAUCAUGGUCUUUGAUAGUACUAUUUCUCUUGUUACAGUCCAUGCUUCAAUUGUCCUCUGGCUGCUUCGUGGAGGAGAGAGCUGCUCUACUAGACAUCCAGUCCUCGCUGAUAAGAUCGGACUAUCAAAGCUUCGAUAUCUCGACCUCAGUGGCACUCUGUUGGGAGUGGGUUUCCCGGAAUUUAUUGCGAAAAUUUUCUCACUGGAAGUCUUAGCUCUCAACGAUAACAACCUGAACGGAAGUCUCCAAGCUGCAGCUGUUGAAAAUCUUAGGAAUUUGCGACAAUUGAAUAUGUCUGGGAAUAGAUUCAACGGAGACCUCCCAGCCUCACUAUUUGCACUUCCUCAGCUAAAGAUCCUAGAUCUCUCCAGAAAUAACUUCUGUUGGCAUAUUCCAGUUAGUUCAUCCCCAGGGCCAAUUUCACCUGAAGUCCUAGAUCUCAGUUUUAAUCGCCUCAAUGGAACUCUCCCGGUUAGAGCUUUUAAAAACAUCAGGAGCUUGAAUUUGGGUGGCAACCAGUUUAGCGGAUCUCUUCCUGUGUCAUUAUUUGCACUUCCUCAUCUCAAGUUCCUAGAUCUCUCAGAUAAUAAUUUUAAGGGACGUUUUCCUGUUAAUCUGUCUUUGGUGCCGGUCCCCCUUGAGGUCUUACAUCUGGAAUAUAAUAAGUUGAGUGGACCUCUUCCGACUGAACAAGAAUUUGUAAAUCUUCAGAACCUACGAGAGUUGUAUUUGAGUUCCAACCGAUUCAGCGGAAGCAUUCCAACAUUCUUGCUUUCGCUUCCACAUAUUGAACGGCUGAACCUCUCGAAAAAUUUCCUGGGAGGACAGAUUCUGAGAAAUCGGUCUUUGAAUCUUUCACCUUCGCUUAGGAGUCUUCGGUUUUCCCAAAACAAUUUGAGUGGUAGAUUUUCCUUCACUUGGCUUGGAAAUCUCACAAAACUAGAAGAGAUAGACCUUUCAGGCAAUUCGAACCUAGUUGUUGACGUUAGUAUUUCCAGAUGGACAUCCCCAUUACAAUUGAAACAACUACUGCUCUCUGGUUGUGACAUUGACAAGAACAUUAUUGCAGAACCACAUUUUUUACGCACACAACAUCAUUUAGAGGUGCUUGAUUUGUCCAACAACAACUUGUCAGGCAGCAUGCCAAAUUGGUUGUUUACAAAGGAAGCAAGACUACAGGAUCUAAAUCUUGGGAAUAACUCGCUAACUGGAUCUCUGGACCCAAUAUGGCAUACCCAAUCUUCACUCAGUGUUAUCAACAUACACAUGAACCAUAUCACAGGACAGCUGCCGGCCAACCUUAGCUCAAUGUUUCCAGGCUUGUUUGUUCUAGAUUUUUCUAGUAACGACUUAUUUGGGCACAUACCAACGUCAUUGUGCGAGAUCAGCGGCAUGCAUGUUUUAGACCUAUCAAACAACAACCUUUCUGGGGAAGUUCCAGCUUGUGUUUUUACUAAUUAUCCCAUGCUAAUGACCUUGAAGGUCUCAAACAACAAGCUUGGUGGUCUGCUUUUUAGUGGAAUGAGUAAUUUGUCCAGUAUACGUGAAUUGUGUUUGGAUGGUAACAAAUUUAAAGGGACAUUGCCUCGUGAUCUGGCAGGAGAGAAUCUAAGGGUCAUUGAUUUGCAUGAUAACGAGUUGUCUGGCAAACUCGAUACAUCAUUUUGGAAUAUGUCUUGUUUGAAAGUCCUGAAUCUUGCUGGCAACCAUAUAACCGGCAAAAUUGAUCAACACAUUUGCGGCUUCACGGAAAUAUGCCUUUUAGAUCUGUCGCGCAACUACCUUACAGGGUCUGUACCAAAUAGUUGCUUCAUAGUGCUAAAUUUUCUUAACCUUACUGGGAACUCCUUAUCUAGCGAUAUCUCUUUUGCUCUUUUCAACACAUCAAGUCUAAUUGCUUUGGACAUCAGGCACAAUCAUUUCAUGGGCAACCUCAAUUGGGUAGGUUACCUUGAAAACAUUAGGCUACUUUCGCUGGGCGGAAAUAAGUAUGAAGGGCAGAUCACUCCAAACCUGUGCAGACUCAUGUACAUGAGGAUAAUUGAUUUGUCCCAUAACAAGCUUUCAGGUUCUCUGCCAGCAUGUAUCGGUAACAUAUCUUUCAAAGGUGACACAGAUGACCAAAUUCUUCAUUCAAUUGAUGGGAUUGCUAGUCCAUCCUAUCACACAUUCUAUGUCUUAAAAGACUUCACCUUUGCUACCAAAGGGAAUCUCUAUACAUACGGUCGUAGUUUCUUCAUUUCAAUGGCUGGCAUUGACCUGUCUGCAAACAUGUUGGAUGGAGAAAUUCCUUGGGAGCUAGGAAACCUGAGGCAUAUCAAAUCCCUUAAUUUGUCCAGCAAUUUCUUUGUUGGUCCGAUCCCAACAACCUUGGGCGGCAUGGGGGAGAUAGAAAGCUUGGACCUCUCCCACAAUGAGCUGAGUGGACCAAUACCUUGGCAGUUAACCCAGCUAUCUUCUUUGGGGGUGUUCUCUGUGGCAUACAACAACUUGUCAGGAUGCAUACCAAACUCUGGUCAGCUCAGCUCAUUCAACAUGGACAGCUACCUAGCCAACAUCAACCUUCACAAUAUUACUCAUGGGAAUACUUGUGCUGCUCCCAGUCCAGAUCCUGCUGCGGGGAAAGAUGUAGAAGAGAUGCGCAGUGACCCAGUUCUAUACGUGGUCACAGCUGUCGGCUUUGUUUUUGCAUUUUGGGCUACUAUUGGGUUCUCAUUUUGCCAUCCUUAUGGAAGAUCUGUAAUGCUUAAGCUGUAGUGCUUGAGCAAUUACACAUUGCAAGUUAUGUAACUGAACCGUACUUCAGUUGUGU